AUGAGAGUUUGUCUAGAACUUAAUAAGAGAGAGUUUAUUAUUUGUAUUGUUAGUAUAAACAAUAAUAUUAGACCAGGUUAUGUGUGUGAAUCAGAUAUUACAGCAAAAAUUUAUUUAAUUGCGUCUGAAGCUAUUAAUGAAGCUUACAAAAAAAUUUUCAAUAUUGGAACGUGGUAUUCAGGACCUUCAGUUAUAGGAUUUGAUAAUGAAUAUAUAACCAAGCAAUUAAUAUCAGAUGUAGUAUUUUAUCCUUUCAAAAUAUCAAUUGACAAACUUUCAGUUUUAAUCAUAAAGUUAGGUAUUUUAGACGAUGACUCUGAUAAUAUUAUUGGAUAUCAAUCAA